AUGGCUGGAUCUGGAAUGGGUGAGCUUCGUGCUCCCAUCUUCAAUGGAAGCAACUAUGAUUUCUGGAGAAUAAAGAUGUGCACGAUCUUCAAAUCUCACAAGCUGUGGGAUAUGGUUGCAAAUGGGCAUGAGCAACCUGUGAAGAAGGAAGAAGGAGAAGCUCUGACUGCAGCUCAAAAGCUGGCUUUGGAAGAGAAUGUUGCAAAGGAUGCUAAGGCUUUGGGACUAAUCCAAGGUGCUGUUUCUGACGAUAUUUUUCCCAGAAUCGCAUUGAAGGAGUCAGCCAAGGAAGCAUGGGAAAUCCUGCAGCAAGAGUUUAGAGGAGAUAAGAACGUGAGAUCUGUGAAACUUCAAGCUCUUAGAAGAGAAUUUGAAUACACUCGAGUGCAUGAUGAUGAACCGUUAUCUGGGUAUGUCACUAAACUGCUUGAGCUAGUAAAUCAAAUGAAGGCAUAUGGUGAAGUACUAACUGAGCAAAGAAUAGUUCAGAAGCUCUUGAUUAGUUUGUCUAGAGAAUAUGACUCUAUUGCUGAAGUCAUAGAAGAAACAAAAGAUACAAAGUCAAUAGGGGUUCAAGAGGUUAUAGGAUCUCUAAAAUCUCAAGAGCAAUGA